GAGAAUUGGAGUCACUUCAGCCGAUCCUGUGCUGUUACUGCUGGACCCGCCCCACACGCACCAGGACGGCCUUGGACCCACACACCAGACACAGACGGUCCCGCUAGCAAGAAAUAACACUAAUCACCACCACCACCGCCAGCAGCAGGGAUGGUGGACGUGACAAGCACCAAUUUCUCCUCUGUGCUGCCCUUAAUAGUGGAGGAGGCGAGGUCAUGCUCCUUCCUGGCCCUUGACACGGAAUUCACGGGACUGCUCGCUGACUCCGCCUUCAGGAACAACCCCACACGCACCAGGACGGCCUUGGACCCACACACCAGACACAGACGGUCCCGCUGGCAAGAAAUAACACUAAUCACCACCACCACCGCCAGCAGCAGGGAUGGUGGACGUGACAAGCACCAAUUUCUCCUCUGUGCUGCCCUUAAUAGUGGAGGAGGCGAGGUCAUGCUCCUUCCUGGCCCUUGACACGGAAUUCACGGGACUGCUCGCUGACUCCGCCUUCAGGAACAAUCUGUUUGAUGACGGGCCCCAGCGUUACCACAAGCUGAGUGCCAACCUGCGGCGCUUCUCUGUAGUGCAGCUUGGCCUGGCACUGUUCACGGGCGUGCCAGACCAGAAUGCCUACAGUGUUACCAGCUACAAUUUUUACCUGCGGCCUCAUUCUUGUGGCUCCAGCGAUCCCAUCAUUGCCUGCCAAACUUCCAGCCUUGAGUUCCUGCAGAAAUAUAACUUUGAUUUUAAUAAGUGGCUCUACGAAGGUGUGCCCUACAUGAACCGUGAUGAAAUAGAUGACCUCCGAACUGAACUGACAGAUCUCUUCAGUGGCAAGAAAGCAUCACACAUGUCUUAUGAGGUGGAGAGACACUUCCGCUGUGUUGGUGAUGGAUGGCUGGAGUGGAGGAUGGCGAGACACACCCUUAGUGGAGUUGAAGACAUCCACUCCCAGGCUACUCUUCUUGCCGCCCUCCACACAUCCUUCCUUGAGCUGUGGGCCACACUGCAGGAUGGCCUGAUUGUGGUGAAAAAAGUAUCAAACAACGAGAGAGCAAGAUUAGAAGAGGAAGACCCAAACCGUACCCAGUUAAUAGAUGGAAUAAUUGAGAGGAACAAAGGAUUCACAAGUCUUUUCCAGGUCCUUGUUGAGCUUCAGAAACCAGUCGUCGUUCAUAAUGGCCUUCUUGAUCUUCUGCUGAUAUAUAAACAGUUCCACAAGAGAUUGCCGGCUUCUUAUGACCUCUUUAAAUCGGAGGUGCACAGACUCUUUCCCUUCAUAUAUGACACCAAGUUUGUGGCGGAGGAACUCAAGUAUAAGCACAAGGAGGAUACUUUUGUGAGUCGAGCUUUAAGUAAGACAAACCUCGGGGACCUGGCCACUGCUAUGAGAGGAGACCUGCCUGUUUUGUAUCUGCCCAAGCUGCACCACACAACACCAGGCAAUAAAUACACGCAAGAGGGAGCAACUCUGCAUGAGGCGGGCUAUGAUGCUUUGCUGACGGGUUUCUGCUUCCUGCGCAUGUGUCACCUGGCCGCCAUGGUGCAGCUCCAUCAGACACAGCACCAACGGCCCCUCAGUCCCCGGGAGCACCUGUCCACCCUGAGGCCGUAUGCUAACAAGAUGCACCUUCAGAGGUCAGCUGUUCCCUUCAUGUCCCUAGCUGGCGCUGACCCGAGGACCAAGCGCCCGCCAUGGCUAGUGGUGCAGGGGCGGGGUGGGGCCAUGAGGGCGUCGCCAGGCCUGGUCUCGGCGGCCCUGGCUAAGUAUGGACAGUUGGACGUGCAGCCACUCAAUAACAAUUCUGUGCUGGUGGCUAUGUCUUCAUGGAGGAGUGUUACAGAGAUCCUGGCAAACCUGUCCUCUGAGGGUCCUCUCAAGGCGCAGGUGUACACCAGGCUGAGACACUCCACCCUGGGCCGCAGCGUUGUGUGGUCCGGCGCCGUGCUAUCGACGGGACUCUGUGCCUGGCUGGUGUACCGCUCCUUCAGGAAGUCUUCACCUUGACACCACCAAUGGAUAGAGGUACACUGUAGUACUACAAUUAGAAAAGUCAUACAUUUGUUUUUU